AUGAUACGAUCAAAAGCUCGGCCGUUAGAACCACUCGAGCUCCGGGCGCGCCCUAUUGCACCGCAUGCUAUUGCCUGGUCCUGCGAUGCCGAACUUGCCGUCGCUGCAGAUGACAACAUUUACAUAUUCUUGCCCGAAUAUUUCGGAACAAACCGCUCGGCAGACGACGCGGCUGAGGAUGAUCUCGUCAAGCCGCAGUUCAGUCUGGCGCUAACCACCUGCGGCAUCAUCCGUCCGAACCCAGCCAUCAACGGCCCUUUAUGCGCCUUUGCGGGUGUGAGCUUGCCGGCCGGCAACUUUGAUGAACCGACCAUAUUCCAAGGGGUCGGCAGCGGAGAAUGCACCAAGUCGGGCUCGUCCCUGGGACAGGCGGUGAGGGUGGAAUGGUCCCCGAACGGCCUGGGGCAGAACCUUCGGCCUAUCCUGAGCGUACUGACAACCUCGGGCAGCAUCGUGUCCCUGGGAGAGCAUGUAGACAACAGGACAGCCGCCACGGCGGCAAGCGCUCGAUGCCGCACAUUCAAGCACUGGAAGAUUCUCUGGGGCCUGGGCGCGCGGCUACCCAUACCUGACGGAGCAAGUGCAGACGGCCUUCGCUACAUGAAUGAGCGCGUCGUUUCCUUUGCCUGGUCAAAGGAGAUAGGCCCCGGGCGGGCUUUGCUGGCCUACGUGAAUGACCAGAGGGAUGUCGUCGUCAUGGCUGUGCAGCUGGUCCAGAAGACCCAAGGGCAAGGGCUGUCCGCAGGCGAGGACGAGUCUGGGUGGGAGAUUUUCGAAGCUGCCCGAUUCGACGGGAGGGGCCGUCACGAUGCUGGCCAUGCCAUGGAUCCGGAUUUUGUCCCUAGCGGCGGCGCAUAUUCUGUAAGCUGGAGCCCAUGGUUCGCAUCAGGGGACUUUCAAACGGCAACAAUAGCCUACGUGGCUCCCCACCAUGUUGGAUUUCGAAGAAUCGUCAUCGAGGGCGAAUGGCGCCGAGGACAGGAUCCCGCCAUACAGAUCGAGCCAGCCGACACUGUGUCGAUUUGCACCUUUCUUUCUGCGGAUGCGUUUGUAGAAUGGGAAGACGCAAUCUGGCACGAGGGACGAGCGCAAAUGGCACGCGGCAUCAUAGCCACGCCGUUCGUUAUCAAGCCGUUCCAGGUCAACCUCUGCGGACGUCCCAGUCCGUCGGCCGCGCAGCACUCCACGACAGACUGCGCGACGCUGGUUCCCCACGCGGAAGAAACAUGCACGAACCCCAUCACCGGGCUCGUCAUCCACCGGCCCAACCCAUCCAACAAGCCGCCCGAACCUCUCUACUCAUUGGUCCGUCUCUCUGCCACGCCGACCAACCAAGAUUGGUAUCAGACCAACGCACCUCCCGUGGGAAAGCUGCCUCGCUGGGUGGGGAAGAUCCAGCGCGCCACGUCGCGCGAGGUGUCCCGCGUGGAAGCCCUGGCCGGCGUCGACUCCCUCUCCGACACGGACUCCGAAUUCGACGAGCCAGAGGUCGACAUGACCGUCGCGGCGGAGGAGGAAGCCGUCUCCAAGGCACAUGCUCAUCGCUACAGGCUCUGGGGCAUAGCCGCGUCCCCGGGAGGCGGGUGCACCGCCGCCUUGGUGUCGAAGCACGCCACGCAGCAUGCCGACCGGCGGCCCGGAUCCACGGUCCUCUUCUCGUGGCCCUCGGACGCCCGCCCCGCGCCAGCCGACUCCUGCGCGCCGCCUCUUCUGACGACAGAAGGGAGGGCCUGGGAGGCUAUGCACGGGGCCGCCUCGCACCCGGGGGGCUUCUCGUCGCCCCCUGCGGACGAGCCACCCGUCGGCCAGGAGAGCCCGUUGAGGGCGCUGUUCAGGGCCGUCGUCCCCAAGCAAAAGUGCGUGUUCUGCAACGCAGACCUCUUGUCGGCUGGCGACGAGUCCGUCUGCGAGAGGGGCCACCCGUUUGCUACGUGCACGGCCACCGGGCUUGCCAUCAUGGCGCCGGGGGUCUCGCGCAUCUGCGCCGUCUGCCAGCUCCGCUGCCUGAACCCGUCGGAGCUGCUGCGCAUUGCCCGCCAGCACCUCGGGGCCGGGGCCGUGGUCCAAUCGGCCGGCGAGGUGUGCGGCGGCUGCGGCGGCAAGUUCCUCGUCUGA